AGCAGAAGGCCUGGACGGCCCGCUGGCAGGCCACUGUGAGUGUGGUACGCGGUUAUCGGUGGAUAUCGCCGCAUUCGCAGGGCUACUGGUAUCGUGAGCGCCUGCUGCCGCGAAAUCGCGCUGUCAAACGGCGCUCACGCGAAGCGGUGAGCUCUUAAAAAUCACGCCUCCGGCUGUCGCUGUCGUGCGGCGCGUGACGGCCAAAACGCUCUGCGUGUAAGCUACUCAGGGACGACGCGCGACGCCUGGCGCGGCAACCUGUGAGCUGCGUCGCAUAGAAGCCAUCGUACCCACGCGGAAGCCGCGACCGACGUGCAAAACUCAAAACUACGAGUUCCGCGCCCGACGGCUGCAAUAGCAACCAGCCACGAUGAAGACCAGCGACCGCCCGCCCUCGCCGCCGCUCAGCGAGCAGCAGCGCCAGGAGCGCGCCCGCGCCGAGGAGAAAAAACGAUUAAAGCGCGCGGCCAAUAGACGCUCGGCAUGCACCUCGCGAGUCCGCAAGAAGCAGUUCGUCGAAGAAAUGACGGCGGCGAACGCCCAAUUGCAGCUCUACUCCGAGAUUCUCGCAAGGGCGCCGCCCACAGUUACCGUCGACCAAAAUUGCCGCCUCCGCUUCGCGUCGCAAGCGGCCAAGGAUUUGCUGGGCAUCACGUCUGCCGAAGACGUGGACUUACGCUCAUUGCUAGCGGACGGUCCUGAUAGACCGAGACAGGCGCAGUGGCUCGCGCAAGCCGCGGGCUGUGAGCAGAAGCGCGACGCGAGUCCGCCGUCCUCAUCUAGUUCACCGCGAAGGGACGCGAACUGGCCGCCCCAGGAGUGGUCCGACGUCAGACACGCGGUCUCCAAUAGCUCAGGUGAUUCUGGUGGUUCGAACUCGGACCGGCGCGGCGAGUCGAGCAGCAACAACGGGUCGAGCGGCGGCAGCCACGACGGCUCCGACGACGAUUCGAAAGAAAGGGUGGACACGCAAGUGCCCCGCGCGCCGCCGCCGGCCAAGAAGUACGACGAGGACACGGAGAUGGCCGACGCGUCGAGAAGCGGCUCGUCGACGGAGCGCGGCGCGUCGCCGUCGAACUCCGACACGAACGUGAACUCGAACUCCUCGCGGGACGGCUCGACGCAGUCCGACGACGAGCACCCCGACCUCGACGUGUGUCGGCUGGAGCUGGUGUGUCGCGACGGGCGCGUCGUGUCCGUCGACGCCGCGCGAGGCGGCGCCUUCGCCUCCAAUAGAGCCGCUCCUGUGGUGGAGGACGACCGGCCCCGGCGAGGCGUCCGGUCGCCGCCAACCUCACCUUUCACGCGGCAGCCGUCGUCGCCGUCGCGGCCGCUGGCGCGCGGCGAGAGCCACGACUCCCUGGCUACCGCCACAACAGUGCCGCCGCCGCCCGGGCCCUCUGAUCCUAGAGAAACGGUACUGUCCUUGCGGCCGGCCUACGAGUACGACGACGCGUCGGCCUGGCUCGGCUCGCUCACCGUGGGGCAGCCGACGCAGGCGCCGCCCGGGGCGGCCGCUACUGUUAGGUCGGCGGUGUCCGAGGCGAUCAGAUCCGCGAGGCAGCCGCCGCGGUCGCCGCCGCGCGUCGAGGACCUCUGCGCCGACACGAACACGUCGCCGGCCGAGCUCCAGUCCGUCGUCGACGGCCUCAUGCUGAUCGCGGGGGCCGUGCCGCCUUCCACCAGCUGACCUCCUCCCCUUAGACACACCUCCCCUCCUUCCUCAAAUUGCCCGCGCCCUAACAAUGGCGUCCACAUA